AUGUCAAACCUGGCAAGUGAGAUGCCAAAGUCUGGCACUCCUGCUGAAACCGAGUUAUUGGCCGAACUCACGCCACCUCUCACAUCGACCAACACAUCUCCUCGUUUCUCUACCGAUGAAGUGACUGUUAUCUUUGUUCUUGGAGGUCCGGGUAGUGGGAAAGGAACGCAAUCUGCCAAACUCGUCAAGGACUAUGGUUUUUCCCAUCUCUCCGCAGGUGAUUUGCUUAGGGCCGAGCAAGACCGUGAAGGAAGUCAGUACGGUGAUUUGAUUCGACAUAACAUUCGCGAAGGAAUCAUCGUGCCAAUGGAAAUCACGGUUACCCUCCUUUCCAACGCCAUGGCUGCCAUCCUCGAGGAGAAGAAAAAGAAAGACGAGAACAGCGGAGAACGGACCUCACGGUUUCUCAUUGACGGAUUCCCACGUAAAAUGGAUCAAGCUAUAUAUUUCGAGGAAACAGUGUGUCCCUCGGCAGGAACUCUUUUCCUCUCCUGCCCGGAAGACGUCAUGUUGGACCGUCUACUAAAGCGCGGAGAGACUAGCGGCCGUGACGAUGAUAAUAUCGAGUCCAUCAAGAAGCGAUUCCGUGUCUUUGAGGAGACUAGCAUGCCUGUCGUCAACUAUUACAAGAAGAUGGGCAAGGUUAUGAGUGUUUCUGCAGUUGGUACCGAGACUGAGGUUACUGCUCGCAUUCACAGGGAGAUAGAGAGUCGUGGCAUCGUGCAGCCAAAGGGUAACUAA